GUCCCCGCCGCCGCCGCCGCCGCCGCCGCCUGGAUCCCUGCACUCGGGUGCGCACGCUCGCUUGCCUGCUUCCUGCCGCCGCCGCCGCCGCCUGGGCCAUGGCGACUUGUUUUCGGCUGCGGAGCUGCCUGGCCCUGCACCUCCCGCGGACGCCUCCCAGCCGGGUCCUGCGCCCCCGCGCCGACUACCCGGUGGCCCGGAUUCGCGGCUACGCCCGGGGCCCGGCGCGCCUUUCCUCGGCCCUGCUGCGCACCGACGGCUUCGUGGGCGGCAGCUGGCUCUCGGCCGCCGCCACCUUCCCCGUGCACGACCCGGCCAGCGGCGCCGAGCUGGGCUUGGUGGCCGACUGCGGGGUACCCGAGGCCCGCGCCGCCGUGCGUGCCGCCUACGAGGCCUUCUGCAGCUGGAGGGGCGUCUCGGCCAAGGAGAGGAGUUCUUUACUUCGGAAAUGGUACGACCUAAUGAUACAAAAUAAGGAUGACCUUGCCAAGAUAAUCACAGCUGAAAGUGGAAAGCCACUAAAGGAGGCACAGGGAGAAAUUCUCUAUUCUGCAAAUUUCCUGGAGUGGUUUUCAGAGGAAGCCCGCCGCAUUUACGGAGACAUUAUCUACACCCCAGCAAAAGAAAAACGGGGCCUGGUCCUCAAGCAGCCCCUCGGUGUGGCCGCAGUCAUCACCCCAUGGAAUUUCCCCAGCGCCAUGAUCACGAGGAAGGUGGGGGCCGCCCUGGCAGCAGGCUGCACGGUGGUGGUGAAACCUGCCGAGGACACGCCCUUCUCUGCCCUGGCCUUGGCCGCGCUUGCAGACCAGGCUGGAAUUCCUCCAGGUGUAUACAACGUUAUUCCCUGCUCUCAAAAGAAGGUCAAAGAAGUAGGGGAAGCACUUUGCACAGAUCCCCUAGUGUCUAAAAUUUCCUUUACUGGUUCAACAGCCACCGGAAAGGUCCUGUUGCACCAUGCGGCAAACUCUGUGAAAAGGGUGUCCAUGGAGCUGGGCGGCCAUGCCCCAUUCAUCGUGUUCGACAGCGCCAAUGUUGACCAGGCUGUCGCUGGGGCCAUGGCAUCCAAAUUUAGGAACUCUGGACAGACUUGUGUUUGCUCAAACCGUUUCUUGGUGCAAAGGGGUAUCCAUGAUUCCUUUGUGAAAAAAUUUGCCGAGGCAAUUAAAACAAACCUGCAUGUGGGUAAUGGAUUUGAGGAGAGAACUACUCAAGGCCCGUUAAUUAAUGAGAAAGCUGUAGAAAAGGUAGAGAAACAUGUGAGUGAUGCCAUUUCCCAAGGGGCCACCGUUGUGACAGGUGGGAAGCGACAUCAAGUUGGAAAAAAUUUCUUCGAGCCCACCCUGCUCAGCAAUGUCACCCGAGACAUGCUCUGCUCUCAGGAAGAGACUUUUGGGCCUGUGGCACCCGUUAUCAAGUUUGAUACAGAGGAGGAGGCGGUGGCGAUCGCUAACGUGGCCGACGUCGGGCUGGCAGGUUAUUUUUACUCUCAAGACCCAGCCCAGAUCUGGAGGGUGGCGGAGCGGCUAGAAGUCGGCAUGGUUGGCGUUAACGAAGGAUUGAUCUCCUCCGUGGAGUGCCCUUUCGGUGGGGUGAAGCAGUCCGGCCUUGGGCGAGAGGGCUCCAAGUAUGGCAUUGAUGAGUAUCUGGAGCUCAAGUACGUGUGCUUUGGAGGCUUAUAGGAUUCUUUAGUUCUUUAAACAAUAAAAAAGGAAGCUUCCCUACAUGUAUGGGGACAUGCCAUCCAUUAUUUUAAAUCAGCCCAUAGGGUAUCUGAAUUAGGAAUUUUUUAAAGCUCAUCCAAUCCUCAUAAUCUUAAGCAGAUGCAAAUCCUACCCCUCCCCUUACGUGACUAGGGACCAAUAUAUGCCAUGCGCCUGAGGCCGCAGACUCCCCGAGAACCAGCGUAGGGUUUAUAGAAUGAAGCCCUGGACCCCACCACGACCCCGUCUGCCUCAGAGCAAAGUGCAGCGUGAGGCCAGCCGGCCCCCGCAGCCCCAUGGUCACGGCUGGGUCACUGCCUGGGCGAUGCCGCAGCCGGCACCCACACGGCUCCGGAGCUUAGACCCGGAGGGCGGCAGGGGAGCCCCCUGAGUGUGACUGACGGGCCACUUGGGGUGGUGAAGCACCCCUGGCAACCUGCCAGCUCAGCACUAAAGACACUUGCUGGGUAUUCCGAGGUGUUGCUGCAGAGGCUGAACCAUUCAUUGUUUAAGACUUCAGAAACAGCACGGAAUUGCCUGUGUUUCUUUGACCUGAAGGAACCCCUCUCCCUUUUUCGACCAUUUUUUAAAUUGAAGUCUCCAUUGUCCUAAAUUAACUGCUUAAAGAUUCUGUUUUCAUUUCUGUGCUGUUUUCCAUGUCAUGUUGUUUCCGUUAGGAAAUGAGCCUAAGCAUAAAGUAAAGCACAGCAGCAGCAGCUUGGUGGGAUGGAUGGCCCACAAGUAAUGGCCUGGCCUGGCUUUGUCCCCAUGGAUGUGCCAUUCAACCCCGCCCCGCCCCCAUCCCUCAGGAGAGUGGAGAUUCUAUACAUGCCUUAUUUAGCUCCAUGGGAUAUUGUGAGCCUCAGAGAAAGUGAAAGUCUUUGUCAAAAAGUAAAAAUUCAGUGUAAGUGCAGGAGUCGUCAUUAUUACGAGCGGCACCUCCCAGCCCCGCUUGGGUGUCCGGCAGUGGCUUUGCCAAGGUGAGCGGAGGUUGGUACCCACCUGCCCAGCACCUGAGCCUGAGUGAGGGCUUGUCACCUGCAGCCUCUGCUAUUUCUGUUCUUAGGAAGUGCCGCUCCUUCACCUGGAAAAGAGCAAAAGCACUUUCACGACAGUAAUCCCAAAAGGAAAAAGAAUUUCCAUAAUUGCCAAUGGGAAGACGCGUGAGGUUUUGCCCUUCAGGCACCUUUUAUCCAAUAAGAGUUUUUAUAGUUCAUCAUUGAAAACAAAAACAAAAACAAAAAAACCCUAUGACCACUGUUUCCUGUCACUCUGAAAGGAAAACUCUGAUUAAAAACACACUAGGCUUUUCUGUAUCAUGUCUCCGUCUGUCCUGAUAUACAAGGAAAAGGAAUAAAAGCUGUUCCUGGUGGAAUAGACAAGGAUGAAGCACCUCCUUUUCCACUCUCUCUGUGUGCACACUCCACUGACAUUCUGUGGAUAUUCUGGGGAGGAGAAGGAAAACAUGAAUGAAAGUAUUGCUAGAGGCAGGCACUCCUGGACCCAGCUGGGAUGUAGCGUCCCUCACUGAGCCAUGGGGAGCUGAAUAGCUAAAGGUCUGAGAUGUCCCUGUGCACAAAAGUACCACGGCCAGUCCUGGAGCUGCCUUGUGUUUGCCCUGGGUUACAUCAGCCAUCUCCCCUAAGGCCCAAUAAGGAAUGAGCUGAAAUCCACCUCCUGGUAACAUGCAUUGCUCAGACCCUGUCCAGAAUCACGUACGCAUCGUAUUGACAGUGAAUUUCUACUUUUUAGUUUUAGGGUUGUUUUGUGUAACACCCUAAUUACUUAAUAUUUGGGUGUGCCCAUCUGUUUUCUAUUAACGAUAAAAAUGCUGUAACACUAGUUCUUAGAAGUCUGGAAUACUGGUGCUUGAAAUGUUUGGAGGAAUACAUUCAAAUACAUUUGUAACUUUGUAAAUCAGUGAAUGUCUUGGCUGGGUGGCAGAUUUUGAGUUUUCUAGUAUAUUUGGCUCACCAGGUACAUAAAUUGAGGGCCAGACACUCAUUCCAAUAUCUUUGAUUAAUUUUGGAAUUAAAAUAAUUUGAAAAGGAAA